UCCUCCUCCCUCCCGUCCCUCUUCCCUCCCAUCGAUCCACAGUUCUUGUGGGAACCCAAGGAUCCAUCCAGACAGAGACGUCCCGACCGGGGCAGCAAUCACCAAACAGCUCGCGCGAGCGACCACGCCUUCAGCUACCUGCCUGCUACUUCCAUCGGCCUCGUCCGGCAAGCAAGGAGCACCAUUAGGUCCUGUAACUUGUCCAAGCGCGAGAAACCAUGGACCUCAGGGUGCUGUACAUGUACGCCGCCGCCCUUGCCCUGCUCCUGUGCUCCGCGGCGACCUUCAUCCAGAGCCCCACGGACGUGUUCGGCCCCGUGGCGCUCCUCGAGCCGACCCCGUCCUCGGCCCGCGACUUCGGCGCCGUCGUCUCCGACGCGCCCUUCGGGAUCCUCCGGCCGGGGUCCUCCGCCGACAUCGCGCUCCUCCUGGGCGCGCUGUCGUCCGCGCCGCCGCGCCCGAGAGCGACCGUGGCCGCGCGCGGCGUGGGGCACUCGCUCCAGGGCCAGGCGCAGGCGCGCGACGGCAUUGUGGUGGAGACGCGUUCCCUGCCACGCACCGUGGUGGUGGUGGCUGCGCGGGCGGGCAGAGUCAGCGGCGAGGCCACAGAGCACGCGUACGCGGACGUGGGCGCCGGCGCCCUGUGGGUGGAGGUGCUGGAGGAGUGCCUGAAGGCCGGCCUGGCGCCGCUGUCCUGGACGGACUACUUGUACCUCACCGUGGGCGGGACGCUGUCCAAUGCCGGCAUCAGCGGCCAGGCGUUCAAGCAUGGCCCGCAGAUCAGCAACGUCCUGCAGCUCCAAGUCGUCACAGGGAAUGGGGAGGUCGUGACAUGCUCACGCACCAAGAGCCCGGAUCUCUUCUUCGCAGUUCUUGGUGGGCUUGGCCAGUUCGGCAUCAUCACCAGGGCACGGAUUCUACUCCAAGAAGCCCCUCCAAAGGUGAGAUGGGUGAGGGCCUUCUACGACAGCUUCGAAACAUUCACCAAGGACCAAGAGCUUCUGAUCUCAAUGCCGGAGCAGGUGGACUACGUGGAGGGGUUCAUGGUUCUGGAUGAGCACUCCAUCCGCAGCUCAUCCAUUGCCUUCCCCGCCCGCAUCGAUUUCAGCCCAGACUUCGGCUCCGAGGGCAGGAAGAAGGUCUACUACUGCAUAGAGUUUGCAGUGCAUGACUUCCAGCCGGACGGCUCCAGCUCCAGUGUCGACCAUGUUGUGGAGCUGGUGGCAGGGAGGAUGAGCCACAUGAGGUCCCACAUGUACAGUGUGGAGGUGUCCUACUUCGACUUCCUGAACAGGGUGAGGAUGGAGGAGGAGAGCCUGAGGAGGCAGGGGCUCUGGGACGUGCCUCACCCCUGGCUCAACAUGUUCGUGCCCAAGCAUGGCAUCGCUCAGCUCAAGGACCUGCUCAUGGACACCGUUUUGGCAGGAGACUUCCAGGGGGCCAUCCUUGUCUACCCUCUCCUCACUGACAAGUGGGACGGGAACACGUCGGCGGUCAUUCCGUCGGCGCCGGACGGGGUGAUGUACAUCCUCAGCGUGCUCCGGUCGGCCGACCCGUCGCGGUGCGGCCGCGGCUGCGUCGAGGAGAUCCUGGAGCAGCACCGCCGGGUGGCCGACGAGGCGUGCCGGGCCGGCGGCGGCAUCGGGGCCAAGCAGUACCUUGCCCGGCAGCCCACGCAGGUGCAUUGGCGCACCCAUUUCGGGCCCAGCUGGGACCGCUUCCUGGCCCGCAAGGCCCGCUACGACCCGGUGCGUGUGCUUGGGCCGGGCCAAGGCAUUUUUCCUUGGACGGAUUCCGCGAGCUCCAUGUGAUAGCUCGCACAGACAUUAGGGCUCGUAGAUGUUGGUAGCUCAAACGAAAUUUUUCAGGAUGAUUAAUCGGUAGGUGUCCUUUUUUUUAGGGAAAUUGAUAGUAGGUGUCUUUAGGAAAGGAGUUCGUUCUUUCUUUUUUUGCUGGGUUAAAUUUGUGAUGUGUUCAGCUUAGCUGGUAAGUGGGGACGCCCAGAUUAUUUGGCAAGAGCAGAGUAUCUCGUCUCA